GUCGAACUGCAAGGUAACACUGCCUCCAUGCAGUUUGAUCACAUUCGAAAGUUUUCGUCUAUCGAAUGCCCAACGUCUUCGGAAAUGCUCUAUGUCUUACAACAUCGGCAGAGAAUUAGAAGAUCAUGAAAUGAUCGGUGACAGCUCCUUCGGUUUCAAAAGCCUCGGUCACACCUAGGAGCAAACUCAUCGUCGGUCAGUUACUCACUUGAGAGAGUUUCGUGGAUUUACAAAGUCCGUAGUAAUCCCUCUCUACAUCUUCGCAUCCUCGCGUUUUCGACGUGUUUUAAAUGCCUAGAAGAAACCUCGAUUUUUCUCUGUACCAAAAGAAUAGUACAACAUUAGAGUUGCUUACGUUAUCUAUCAAAGUAAGUAAAGACUAAAAUAGAGAGAGUUUGAAAUUGAAUUCAUUCAUCUAGCAGCUGACAAGAAUACUUCUUGAACAAUAAGAACCACGAAAAACUCAAAGUGCUUGCUACUUACGACAAGAACGAAGAUGAUGAUGGUGGGUCCAAAGAGUCGGAAAUGCAUGCUUCGGCGUGUCGUCACGCUUGCUUCCUUGCUACAACAGUGCUUCGUCUCAGCCAGACAGACUUCUUCUGCCGCGAACAACCUGGAGCAUGAUCUUGGGAAGAACUUCAACAACAACGACCGGGCACUACUAGAGGCAGAAGAAGAGUGCUCCUCUCAACAGAAUGAGCCUGAAGAUAGUGGCACCAGUGUGCCACACCGCAACCGUUUUGAGGAGGCAGCUGAGGAAGAAGAAAACAGUGGAUUUGACUCCGAGGAAGUCGCACAUGGGGUGGAAGACUUGCACCAGCUGGAGCACAACAUUCUAGAAGACGAAAUGGAAAACAGCAUGCUCGCUGUAGAUGAAGAAGGUGAGAAUGAAGAAGAUGGUCCCGCUCAGAGCUUGAGAGGUGGCACUGCGGGAGUUACAACGUUAACCACUUCUGAGGAUCAUAUUGAGAACAAUGAGGAGGUUGAUAAACAGGACAAGAAUACAACAUCCAAUUCCAUCAAUUCCAAUAGCACCACCAGUACCAAUAGUACUAGUAGUACUACUUCCUCUUCUGGUACUAGAGGUGGAGGUCGCCGUGUGAUUGAUGUUCUAGAUGCGUUUGCAAGGGAAGCCAGCAGUGAAGAAGAGGCAGGUUCUCCAUACGUGGUUGAGACGGAAAAGUACGUCGAAGGAGCCAAGAAAAUGCAUGGACGCACGAAACAUUCGAUGAAAGUGGGAGAAGAGGAACCUCUCUUCUAUGAAAACGACAACGGUCUUCAAAAUCAAGAUCCUGACGGCGAAGAAGUAGAAGAUGGAGACGUUUUCCAACAGCAUCAUAAAUCUCACUCCCGAGCACCACGAGCACCAGAACUACAUAAGACAUUUCAUAAGCCCAGGAAAACUGUAGUACCUGCUCUAGUCACGCUCGUAAAGGCUAGGUUGCACGAACUGUGGCAACACUUUCGUCCUUCGGGACACUCUGCUACAGGAAGCCACGGAGACCACACCAGAGUUCACCAAGACCAGGAUUCUUCAACUUCAAGAACUGUAGAAGAAACUGCUGCGGAAGAGCUGGCUUUGCCAGGGCACACGACGCCGUCCACGGCAACGAAGCCGCCAACAAGUACAUCUUCUCCUUUCUCCUCCACAUCUGUUCUGCAAAUUUGUUGCCGAUGCUGCCAAGUGUUGGUGCUGCUUUUCUUCCUUCUAGCACUAUUCUUCAACACGAACAGAGGAAUAUUUGUUUUCACGAACUUCUGUCCUACGGUGCUGACAGGACUUACCAUCAGGAAGAAGGCAGGGCUACUGCAGUCCUCGGCAACAUUAAGACCUCCCGCAGAGAAGGAAAUUAGAGGCGAAACUCGACAGGAGGGACCACAAAGAAUCGAUUCAAUAGAAGUUCUCGUUCAUGACAGUGAGCCAGUUCUUGCAGAUUCCUUAUCUAUAAAUGGGAGUUCGCUAUUUUCGGCUGCAAGUAACAGAAUCUUCAACUUCCUGCAGGACAGUACUCCACGACUGAAGGACCAACGAACUAGGAAAGAGGACUUGGAGACGCGUAUUCAAAAACUGGAGCAAACUUUGAGGCGACACGACGAGGAGGACCGGUUGCGGUUGCAGAAUUUUCGCAUGUUCCCUUCUGAAGAGAGUACUCCACCAGACGAAUUCGACACAGAGCACAUGUUUGUAGCAGGCGAACAGGAUGAUUUUGAUUCAAUAGUUUAGAACGUAUCUUCCACUUACAUUCUACCCAUCGUAAAUCGAUGACACAUGAUUUGCAUUUCCCUUUUUCGCAUCACGAAUUCACUAGCAUAUAAGCAUUUACUCAGCAUAUUAUUCCUCCCAUUAAGCAAGACCACGAGCUAGAUUUCCACCCUGUCAAUGUUUCGUUUUCGUAGUGAGCUGCAUUCUACGUAAUCCCAUAAUAGAGUUUUCAUUCAUCGCAAUCCUUCCCAUUUGAAAACACCUUCAUGAUAAUGUCAUACAUUCGCAAUCUUCCCCAUAGACACACCAUGAUAAUGAGGUAUUUUCUCGCUUUCUUCUCUUUGAACAUUCAUUCCCGUCCCAAGUAGAUUCUUCACGGCAUCAACAUUCGCUUCAAGUUGUUCUCCUUCACACACUCACACAUCAUUCUCAGACAUUCAAAUGAACAGGUAGAAGUGUAGAAUCCACAGACGACUUUGAGAACAUCCUUCUAGAGUGUAAGACUCCCGAACCCACAUAAUAGAAUAUUAACCAGCAACAUAUGAC